AUGCCUGUCGCGCAACCCAUCAACGCGGCCAAUGAUGGUCCAGCCACCAAGAAACUGAAAACUGGCAAUGAAGAUGAAUUUGCCUAUGGCAGUCAUGUGGCUCUCCUCCAGUCAUAUGGAACAACCGUCUGCCACGUUCCACUUGUCGAGUUCCAGAAGAUCAGCAACCUCGACCCAGUCAAGAAGUACUCCGAAGAAGCAGUCAAUGCCGCCAUCGAGAUUGACUCAAUAAAUGGCGUGCUCGACAGGAAAUGGCUAGACUUCCUGGUCAAAGUCCUGAACUUUUGUGACGACAAAAGCAAGUUCCAUAGCGAUAUCACCGAUUCGCUGAUCGACAACUUUUUCCUCUUCUUACGCUACGGCGGGAUCGAUCAUAUGGAUCAAGUGUUCAAGAUCUGUAAAGAGCACUGCAAGACUCAUGCCCUGACCAGCGCUUUCGCCAAUGUCUUCCUCUAUCGUAAGAAGCAGUUCUUGAAACAAGCUCCUACAUCCGACUAUGAUCGAGCUGUGCAGAGACACAUGCAUGGAUGGCUGGCCGACGUUUGGAUCAACGACCGUGAUUGGCGCAAGCUUCCUCCAGUGUAUUCAGAAUCAAUCGUGUUCGACAGCUGUUAUCACCACGCUCACGAGCAAGACAAGGAUUGCUAUGUCUGGAGCAGAGUCAGCAAUGCUGGCUAUCUGUAG